AUGACAACAAUUCAUAAUCUAUCAAAUGAUGUUAUUAUUGAAAUUUUUGACUAUUUAAAUGACAUUGAUAUUUUAUAUAGUUUUUUUAAUAUAAAAAAGAAACGAUUUGAACAAUUAAUCACGCGUUAUACGAGUGAAAUUAAUAUAACAAAAUACUUAUCUUCAUUUAAAGUUUUUUCUUAUUUUUGUUUCAGUAUUCUACCAUUUAUUGGAAAAAACAUUACAUCACUAAGUUUAGGUAAUGAAAAUUCUUGUGAUCAGAUUCAACUUUUUAUUCUGUCAAAUCAGGAACUAAAUUUAAAAAAUGAAUUUAUUCAAUUAAAAUAUUUACAAUUAUAUUUUGAUGGUGAAAAUGAUAUUUUACCAUUUAUUUGUUUAUUUUCAAAUUUAUUUGAGUUAAAAUUGGCUAAAAGUAUUGAAAAGCAAUUACUGUUUGAAUUAACAACAUUAACAAUAUUAAACGCAGUUUUCAAUGAAAACAAUUUGUACUUGAAUAAAUGUUCAAUCGAGCAAAUUUCAAUUUCAAGUUUUGUGAAUCAACAUUCAGGAAAAUGUUUGAUAAGAAAUUUAAAUAUUGUUAAUUCAAUUGAUUGA